CCAGUGUCGACAGCAGACAAUGCAGCCGGCGGUGGUCGUAGCCUCCCUCGCGGCUCUGUUGGCAUCAGACGGGACGGUGCUGGACUGCGUCUGCACCCACCUCCGCAACAUCACUGUCUCUGGCAGCAUCUGGGGAGCGAGUGCCGGAGAACGCUACAUCUGGUUGCACUACUGUGAAUAUCCCGAAUGGUUCCCGGUGGCCGUAGCGUGCGGGCCCCCAGAGCAUCAUCCGUCCGCCGCAGACUCACCUGUGGAGCGCCUGUCGGCCCGCAUCUGGGACUACGGACUGCCGCCGCCGCCGCCCGCAGGUGGGUGGCGGCAGGGAGGGGGAGGGCGGUGCGCCGGCGCCCUGGCCGAGCUCCGCCGCCUCGCGUGGGAGGAAGCCUGGCAGCUCGUCGAGGAGCUCGACUGCCGGAUCGCCGGCGACUGCAUCGACUCCUGCUCUGUGCCGAGGUUGAACAACAUGGAAUGGGACAUGACAACGCUGCAAAUGGAUGAUCUGAGACCUAUGCUGUCUCAGUCACUCCAAGCUGUUCGGCGCAUCACAAGAGCCACGGUCGGCAGGAUGAGAUGUGAGAGCUGGCGUCUACCUGAUUCUGAGUGGAUGUAUAAAACUGUUUUCCAGGAACGCCUCUCCAGCUACUGGCGAGACAUGGCGCAGCUGCUCUCGCUCAGUGCGACGCACUACUCACAGCUGUUGGUUCCCCUCGCAUUCGAAGAUAUGAUAAUUCCACUCGUAGUUCUUCACUACAGCCCUGCAGAGAGGUAUGGCAGGGCGUGUUGUGGCGCAGAUAAGGAUGCAAUCUACGAUUUCGACCCUACAAUAAGGCGGCCGCUGUUGAGUGAACGCCUACUGCGCUAUCAGCCGUGGAACCUCUCCUUUCCCGACGACUUCAGUGCGCUGUGCGAGGAGCGGCAGCCAGAGCUGUCGCAGGUGUUCAACCUAGCUGCCUCACUGUACGCCGCCUAUCGCGUCUACUGGUACGCUGCCGCUGAGUACAUCGAUUUAUUAUACGAAGAUGAAUUCAAGACUGUAGACGAGGAGUGGCAGCUGGAGGACAGAAGCAGCGCUACACUCUCCGUGGACACUGACUGCGUGCAGCUGUUGGCGAACGCCCUGGACCACCCCACGUGUCCGCUGGAAGACCUGCCUCUGGAAGCGGUUAAGCAGCGCGAGCAGUGCCGUGUGCAGCUGUGGGACGACGUGGUGCAGAGGUCGCCCCUCAUACCCGUCACCAGCUACCUGGCCUACACGCAGAGGGUGAACGUCAACCUCUGUCUGCUGGCCUGGAUGGCAGUCAACUCGUACAGCAUUUGUCAGGGCGUCCCAUUUAGUAUUAUACAGUCCGUGAGUGAUGCUCGUUGCUAUUUCGAUAGACCUGACGAUCAAUCGUGUCAGCAAUCGAACGCUACAGAUGCCAUCUGCUCUGUUUCCAGAGCUAUUCUGUUGCUGAGAUGGAAGCCGGACCACUCAGCCACGCAGCCUGCAGAGCUGUGGCGCUGCGUGGAGCGCCGGCAGCGGUGGGGCCGCGGCGCGGUUCCACGCUGUGCGAAUUACGGGGGUCAGAGUUCUGAGAGUCCGGAACCUGACGACGUCGCCCUCUACGUCGAAACUUUCGUCGAGUAA